AUGCUCGCUACUCGUCUUGCUCCCGCUCUUAGAGCCACCACCCUCAGAUCUGGUGCCAUUGGUCUUAGACCCGCCGCUUCUCUGUUUGCCAGACAAGUUUCUACUGUUAAGACCACAUUCGAUGAGGCCGAGGCUCUCCUCAGAAAGCAGCGUUCUAACCGCCCCGUCUCCCCCCAUUUGACUAUCUAUGAACCCGGUAUCACCAUGACCCUUUCCGGUAUCCACAGAAUUACUGGUGUCGCUCUCGGCUUUGCUUUCUACGCCUACGCUCUGUCAUACGUUGCUCUCCCUAUUCUCGGCUACCACGUUGACUCUGCCUCUUUGGCUGCUGCCUUUGGCGGUCUCCCCCUUGCUGCUAAGCUCGCCAUCAAGGGUGUCGCUGCUCUGCCCUUCACUUUCCACUUCUGGAACGGUUUCAGACACUUGAUCUGGGAUACCGCCCACGAGCUUACUGUCAAGGGUGUCUACAAGACUGGUUACACCGUCGUUGGCCUUACUGCCAUUUCCACCAUUGCUCUUCUUUUCAUUUAA